AUGGAGGAAAUCCACUUUAAUGUGUAUUAUUUGGGUAUGAAUACUUGUCAGAGAGCCUGUCACAAGUCUGAGGCGUCAAAUUGGUACAAUGAGAUUAACAAAUGGUUAAAAGGGCAACUCAGUUCUUUAGCCAUUGACUCGGGCACUAAGAACCAAAUUGAUUCAAACCUCAAAGGAUUUAUGGCAACUUUUGGCCGGCGUCCUGUCAAUCCUGUAUUAAUAAUAUCCUACGAAACAUUCCGGAUGCAUGCUCAUGCACUGCAGCAAGGUGAAGUUGGUCUCGUGCUUUGUGAUGAGGGUCAUCGCUUGAAGAACUGUGAAAACCAGACCUAUCAAGCACUAAUGGGACUAAAAGCCAAGCGUCGUGUUCUUCUCUCAGGAACUCCAAUUCAAAAUGAUCUGCUUGAAUAUUUCUCUCUGGUGCACUUUGUCAAUGCUGGGAUUCUUGGAACGGCUCAGGAAUUCAGAAAAAAAUAUGAGAGGCCAAUCUUGAGGAGUCGUGAUGCUGAUGCCUCAGACAAGGACCACGAAAUUGGGAAAGAAAAGUUGGAAGAAUUGAUUGCUAUUGUUAGCAGGUGAUUAGCCUCAAUUUGACUUUGUGUUUUUAUCUGAUGUUGACUGAUGUGUUAAAGCCCAGAAGGAAAUUUGAUGAGUUCUUAGUCCUUAGUUUUCUCUUAUAGACUUAUUCUAGUCAGAAACAGAUUAAC